GAAGAAAGAAAACACCAUCGACGUCGUCGGGCAUAACGCAAAACCCUAAACCCUUUCCAUCGCGCCGUUCUUACGAUCCUCUUCAUCAAUGGCUUCAGCGUGCAGCAGAAUUGCGCAAAGAGCAUAUUCAUUUUCUUGCAUAAAAUCAAGCAUCAAAUCUACUCUUCGCUCUUCAUCCUUCUCCAAGUCAGCCACCAACACCGCCACCACUUCUUCUCCUCUUUGCCGAUCCAUUUUAACCAGGGUUGCUCCGGAACUAAGAUGCGCGCAGUCGUUGCUGCCGCUGCAUAGUGCGGUUGCGACGGCGAGGAUGACGUCAUGCCUGAGUACAACAUCUCGGAGCUGCCGAGCUCUAUCACAGGGCACAUAGUUAAUUGGGAGUUUGCGGGACCAGUCACUUUUGACCUACUGCCUCAUUACCAAAGCUCGGUCUAUCAGUUCCAAGGUAACAUGCUAGAAGUGAGACUGAAGAAAGCCUUUUACAUUUGUGAGGUUGGAUUUUGUAAUUCUGCUAUGUCAAUACCCAAAAGUUGCUAUACUCAAUUUUAUUUUUUCAGGCUGAGAAUGAUUUUGUUGUUGAAUAAUGGUUACUCGCCGGAUUAUAUAAAUUUGAUUAAUCAAUAUGCUUAAUUAAAGCAAACUCUGGUUCAUCAAGAAAUGGAGGUCAAGUAUAAAAAUUGAGGUAGACUGAUGUUUCAGUGGAAAUAGGUAUUUGUAUCAGGUCUUCAAUUUCUAUUUUUAUAUCUUAGUGCAUCGAAUACUUUCCAAGAAUUUAAAUAUAUUUGUUUUCCAGGGAAA